AUGGCCCAGCGGCCAGCCGGCAAGCCAGCAACAACCACGGGCUCUUCUGCCACCCAAAAAGAGUGCAAGGCCAAACUCCUGGAUAUUUUCACUGUACAUGGUGCCCAGUGGACUCAAACGGGAGCUCAGCUAGUGGAGACUUCGAAAUAUGCGUCCGAUAUACUGAACAAGCUGGACGCCGAGCUUGCCAAUCUUCCCAACGAAAAAGACCGCCCUGACUGCACGCUUCGCGAAGAGCUUCUGGCGGACGCGAACAAGUUCAUGGUCGGCGACGUUGCCACCAAAGAACAAAAGAACCAAUUUGCCAAGGUAGAUAUUUGUAAUACGGGGUAUUGA